GAAUGAACACAGCAUUCCCAAACACACUUUGUCACUGAGGUACACCAUUCCACCUUUCAGGUCCUCAUCAAUGCAUUCGUGAAAUACGAUUCUAACAUCUAAGAAUAAUUUUGUUGACUUAAAAAAACUUCCACGGUGAAAGUAUUUGGUUAGAAUAAAAAAAAUGUAGUUCACAUUACUAAUCUAUGCCCCUCGAACUCUAAACCAAGCCACCAAUCUCCACCUCCCCUUGCCCUCUUUUUGCUGCUCUCCUGGUCGACCGGUUGGCAUGUGUGCAGAAUAAAAAUGUGGAGGCCCUUUUGUUCUGUGAUUCCAACAGCUCAGCCCUGAGUCAGGACAACAGGAGCUCAGGGAGAGCAGGUAGCCUGGCAAGCCAGACUAAAUAAUUGUAUUAUUUAGUCUAUUUAGACCAAACUUUGCAAAGCAAGAAUUUGGUCUAGUUCACUAGGCUAGGAGAGCAGGGCUAUCUCUUCCCAGUCGAAAAAUGGGACACAUGGCUGCCUGAAGAGGAGCAGAUGAGGGAGACGAAACCCCCUGGAGAUCCAUAAGAACACAGACCCACAAAGUUUAAGGAUGGAAGAAGCAGCCCAGGACAUCAGCCAGACGACCAGGGAGCAGGUUCUGUGUGACCUGACCAAGCAGACAAGCAGAAACCGGCCCGGCCUCUCCACUUUAAAACUGUUUAUUGUAGCACUUUCCUUCGCCUACUUCUCCAAAGCCUUGACAGGCACAUACAUGAAGAGCUCCCUCACUCAGAUUGAGAGACGUUUUGACCUGUCAAGCUCACACAUCGGUCUCAUUGAUGGCAGCUUUGAGAUGGGCAACUUGUUGUUUCUUGCCGUGGUGAGCCAUUUUGGGGCUCAGCUCCAUCGGCCCAGGCUCAUAGCUGCCGGAUGCUUGCUCAUGGCUGUCGGGGCUCUUUUCACAGGACUGACACACUUCUUCAUGGGGCGCUAUGAGUAUAACAGCAUUUUCCAGGUCCUCCAGAAUAACAGUGUGAACAUUUCUGCGUGCAUGGAUCUUGUGGAAUCAGCAGAAAACCAGACAGAGUCACCUGUAGAAGACAACAAAGACUGCGUGAGAGAGACUGGUUCCAACAUGUGGAUCUAUGUGUUCCUGGGGAACGCUCUACGGGGAAUUGGAGAAUCUCCAGUCACACCUCUGGGCAUCUCCUACGUCGACGACUUUGCUAAAGCGGAAAACUCUCCCUUUUAUAUCGCUUGUCUCCAGACCAUCACCCUUCUGGGCCCCAUGUUUGGAUUUCUCCUGGGCUCCUAUUGUGCCAGAUUGUAUGUUGACAUUGGAUAUGUGGAUAUGGAUAGUGUGGCCAUAACUCCAAAAGAUGCCCGCUGGGUGGGCGCCUGGUGGAUGGGUUUUCUGGUAUCCUCUUCCCUCCUGCUCAUCUCCAGCAUUCCCUUCUGGUUCCUGCCACGCUCGCUGCCCAAGCAGGAGGAACAGAAGGGCAAAUCGACUCCCACCCAUGUGACCUCAGAUCAAACAGCGGAGGCACUCAGCAGCAAGCAGGAGCUCAAGCUGACUGAGAUAGCAAAAGCAUUCCUUCCAUCUCUGAAACGCCUGCUGGGAACCCCUGCUUACUUCCUGCUUCUUAUUGGGAGCAUCCUGAAGUUCAACUCCUUCAUAGGCCUCUUUACUUUUAAAGCCAAGUACAUUGAACAGCAGUUUGGACAAUCAGCAUCAAGAGCCAACUUCCUCAUAGGUGUGCUCAACUUGCCUGCAGUGGCAAUGGGGAUAUUUUUAGGAGGUCUUCUAAUGAGGAGGUACAAGCUGAGUGUGGUGUCAGGAGCUCAGCUGUCUUUUGCUACCUCCUUCAUGGGGUACCUGCUCCUACUGCUGCAGUUUGGCACCAAGUGUGAUAACAUACCCAUUGCUGGGCUCACCGUGUCAUACAAUGGGACAAAGACUGUGUUGUACAAUGGAGAAAUGCUCUUCUCUGAGUGUAACAGAAACUGCUCUUGUUCAGCAGAGCAGUGGGACCCUGUUUGCUCUGGCAGUGGCAUCACUUACAUUUCCCCAUGUAUGGCUGGCUGCCUCACCUCAAGUGGGCAUGGCAAGCACACAGUGUUUAACAAUUGUAGCUGUGUGUCAGCGUCCUUCCCAGUAGGCAGCACCACGUCAGCGAGGAUGGGUCAGUGCCCUCACGCCAAAGACUGUAGCCACAGUUUCACUUCCUAUAUGGCUGUCUCUGUUCUCAGCUCCUUUAUCAACGCACUGGGAGCCACACCUGGCUACAUGGUCAUCAUACGAUGUAUUCCACCAGAUCUUAAGUCUCUUGCGUUGGGUAUUCAGGCUUUGGUAACCAGGACUCUUGGUGGAAUUCCUGCACCAGUGUACUUUGGAGCUCUGAUAGACUCAACUUGCCUGAAAUGGUCGGUAAAAAAGUGCGGGGGCAGAGGGGCCUGCCGCACUUACGACUCUGAUAUGUACAGAAUCAUUUUCUUGGGUUUGAUCACAUGUCUCAGUGGCUUGUCUUAUUUCUUCAUUAUUGCUGUCAUCAUACUCCUCAGAAGGCAGUUCAGCAGACCAGGAUGGGAAACAGAGUUGCAACUUAAAUCUUCAAAAGAAACAGAAAUCAAGGCCCUGUCUAAAACCAUAGAAAGUAGUGCUAGCUUUAGAAGAACCAGGCUUCGUCAUGAACCAAAGGUUUGUAUAAACACCAUGACAGAAUCUGAAGAGGGGGGAAGAACACAUCAGAGGCCUGAAGCAGAUGGUCCAAAUUCCAUGAAAAUCAAACCGGAGCCUAAAUCAGAAACCACUGCUGAACUGACUCCUCGGUCUCCUGAUCGGGUAAAUACAUAAUGCAUGGAUAGGGCUGAAUUGUGAAAAGUUAGACGUCUGGGACCACCAAGAAGUUAAAAAAGAAAAUAUAAUUCAAGUUUAAUGCUGAAGUUUGUGUUGUGGAAUCUAACAGGGUAUUGUUGUAACGCCAAUGUUUCAGUGAAACCACUUGCAAGGUCAAGAAGAGUUUCUUUAGACAUUCUGUGAGGUCAGAGGCAAUUUUUGUUCUAUUUUCACAGCUUUAGAAAAAAGUUUAGGACCCCGACAUAAAAGUCAGAUUAGUGGUAUUCUUGGACAAAAUCUUUUACCAAUAAAUUAAAUCUUGUAUAACUGA